AUGUUGCGAGUCGGCUCGUGGUUGUAUGGCAAGAAGCCCAAUGCCUCAACGCAGUCGCUGGACUCGUUGACCGAGUUGAAAGACUACCCCCCCAAGACUCCCGGAGCCUCUGCGCAAUCCGUGCGCCAGAUGGAUGGGGCGUGUAUGAGAGAGUAUUGCGAGGGUAAAUGUGCUGACCAGCGUCGCAGUGGAUGA